AUGGCCGCCCUCCGCGUGUCGGGGGCCGCCGAGCCCCUCCUGCGCCCCGCCGCCGGGGGACACCCCAGGCUCCGCGUGCGGACCCAUGCGCAGGGCGAGGGCGGCGCCGGGCGUGGCGCCUCGACGGAGGGGGACGCUGCCUUCUCGUGGGCACCCGUCAUCCUCCCGUUCUUCUUCCCUGCGUUGGGCGGUCUCCUUUUCGGCUAUGACAUUGGCGCAACCUCUGGAGCGACCAUCUCUGUGCAAUCUCCUGAUCUCAGUGGCACCGAUUGGUUCAGCUUGUCAUCUUUGCAACUAGGGCUUGUGGCCAGCAGUUCACUUUAUGGUGCUCUUGGUGGAUCUCUUCUUGCAUACCGCAUUGCAGAUUUUCUAGGAAGGAGAAUAGAAUUGGUCACCGCAGCUGCAUUAUAUAUUCUUGGUGCUUUAGUCACUGGAUUUGCCCCUAAUUUUGUAGCGCUAAUCAUAGGUCGUGUCUUGUAUGGGAUUGGUAUUGGUUUGUUAGGAUACUCUGUAGGAAGUCUUGAAAUUGACAAUGUAGGAGGAUGGCGGUACAUGUUUGGUUUUAGUGCUCCGCUUGCAGCUAUUAUGGCUAUUGGUAUGUGGACUUUACCAUCUUCACCAAGAUGGCUACUUCUCAGGGCAGUUCAAGGAAAGGCUUCUAUGGAGGAUAAUAAAAAGAAGGCAAUUCAAGCCCUUAGAACAUUGAGGGGCCGCUCAACAAGUGAAAAGGUUUUGACAGAUGAUGUUGAAGAUACAAUUGUCUCUAUUAAGGCUGCCUACGCAGGACAGGAAGCCGAAGGAAACGUUUGGGAGGUAUUUGAGGGAGCUAGCUUGAAGGCCUUCACUAUCGGCGGAGGUCUGGUUCUGUUUCAGCAGAUAACAGGUCAACCAAGUGUUCUAUAUUAUGCAGCUUCAAUACUUCAGACUGCUGGGUUCUCAGCUGCAUCAGAUGCUGCCAAAGUAGCAAUUUUGAUUGGGUUGUUCAAGGCUUUGUCACUCUUCCUACUGGCAGCUUACUACAAGAUUCUGAACGGCUUCCCCUUGGUUGCUGUUGGCGCAUUACUUCUUUAUGUCGGUGCUUACCAGGUCUCAUUUGGUCCAAUUAGUUGGCUAAUGGUGUCUGAAAUCUUUCCACUCCGAACAAGAGGGCGUGGGAUCAGCCUUGCAGUACUAACAAAUUUCGGCUCAAACGCUUUGGUGACAUUUGCAUUUUCGCCCUUGAAGGAGUUCCUUGGGCCAGCCAAUAUAUUUUUCCUGUUUGGCGUCAUAGCAGUGCUCUCCCUGGUGUUUGUGAUCCUCGUUGUUCCCGAGACCAAAGGACUGAGCCUGGAGGAGAUCGAGUCUAAGAUCCUGAAGUAA